UUCUAAAACGAUUUGUGGGUGAAACAAAAUUAAAAUGUAUGAAACAUAAGUCAUGUAAUAUAUCAAAUUAGAGAGCAUUUUAAAUUAAAUAGAAUGCACAUUUUUAUCACUUUAGCUUCAAUAGUUUUCAAGCUACACCACUUAUUGUCUAAUAUACAAAGGUAUACUUAAAAGUUCCACCACCUCCCCACCCUACCUAAAAGAUAGUCUACAACAGUUUUAAAACUGUUUACUAAUAGUUAAAAUUCCAAUUAAAAGAUUGGGUGAAUUGAGACCGGACCGUGAACCGUGUCGAGUGCUGGUCGUCUGUCGUUUUCACUCAAGUUUUAUUCGUUUGAAUCAGUGAAACAAACAGUUUUUAUAACUUUCUUUCCAUCAAAAUCAAACUAAAACAGCAUUAUCCUUCAUUCUGAGUGAAUAAAUUUUAAGAAUCAUUAUAACUUUUCUUUAAAUCUGAAAACGUGGUCAUCAAAAGUGAGGUUAGGAAAAACUGAACUACAUCGGCAAGGUAACUUUACGAUGUUUGCGGUCUGGAAACACUGGUAACUACAACUUCAAAACAAACAUCAAUAUCGAGAACUGCCUUCCUUUCUCUAAAUCUGUACAAGUUUCCUGAAGAGACUGAAGACUAGCCGUUUCACUUCAUAUACAACAUAGCUGAAUAGUUAUACAGCCCAAAUUUUACAUUAUCAAUAUGAACUCUAAAGGAAUUCCUACAAUAAACAACAGUCUGACGCCAUUGGUGGUCUUGAAAAGAGUAAAGAUUAAUACUCCGAGUGAACUACUUAGUGGCAACCACAUACCUGGUAUUGCUGAUGAAGAGGAAGAUGAGAUACCUCAAGAAGCAGUGGGCCGUCAGCUACAUACUAAACCGACUGAUUAUACAACGCUUUUAAACCUUGAAGAUGCAUAUAUGCACACAAUGACAAAGGAGGAGUUAAAUGAGCACAUACAGAAGUGUCUCGAGAUGAGUUCGGAGGACAAAAUCACAUCGAAGAAUGCAUUUGCUCUCAGACUCAUAGAUUGUAUGGGAGUUUUACUUCAGCGUCAAACGGAUUUCUCUGCAAUAGCAUGUACUUUAGAUGCUGGGACCAAGAUAUAUUCCUAUAGGGUUGAUGCUUUGCAUAAACAAGUAUCUAAACUCGCUGAUGAAGUUAUCUUAUACCACAAGCAAAAACAAACUGAGAAUGAUGAAGACGCUGAUAAGAGAAGAGAGAAAAAUGAGUGCAGUGUGAAUAAAGAGAGAAGAAAAUUGAACAAAAAAACUAUGAUUGUCUCUUCAGAUACAUUGAAACGAAAAUUGAAAGGGAAAGACCCUAAAGACAACUUUAUCAAAAUAGAGCCCAUUCCAGGAGCACUGUUAAGUAAAGCUAGAAGAGAUCCUAAAACUUUACACCUCACUUUAGAAAAUAAUGUCCAAUAUUGGCCUAUUAAGAGGGAUUACAUACCUUUGAAAGCUGAAGGCACCUUAUCGUUACCAAUGGUAAAAGUAUUUCGUAAAGAGAUGAAGGAAAUCGAUCAUCAAUCUGUCUUGUCAGAUUCUGUGAAUAAUCUAGAUGCAAUGAGUGAAAACAAUGAAGUUGAUAUCACUGAUGAUAUAAAAAUGUCACCAAAAGAAAUACAUGGUGCCAGUGAUUUUGAAGAUGAUACACAUCUUCAAGAUACUUAUUGUAUUGACAAUAAGUAUCAAUAUGAUGAAGAUGGUAAGAAAUUAGAUGAAGGCUAUGACAUUGUAGCAACAGCAAUACACCGGAUAAAUGAAAAGAUGGAAUUGAUAGGAAAUGGUCUCUCUCAAUUUGAAGCAUUGAAAUUACUUUUCAAAGAAGCUGACGACUACAAUUAUCUGGACACUAAAAAUGUCUACUACUGGGCAGGACCUGAAUUUUGGAAGAGACCAACAAGAGUAGUUGAAAAUAGGAAAACAAAAUGUAAUCUUCCAAAAAAGAAGAAAAUGCCAAAAGAAAUUUCUUAUGAUAUCACUGUAUCAGAAGUAAAUGAAAAAUGGAAUAAAAGUAUCAAAAAAAGGCAGUGUUCGAAAAAAACUGUUCUUUCAGAUAGAACUAAAAAAGGAUGGAAGAAUAAAAAACUAAUUAUUCCUAAAGAUCUUGACAUAGAAGUGAAAGAACUUAUAGAAUUGUUCCAUAUAUCAAGACAUUGUGGACAAGAACAAACCAGAUCAAACUCAUUUUCUUUUGUUGGUGUAUCAACAGAUCAAGAUAAAAAUAUUGAAUCAAAUUGUUUAAAUGAUAACAAUUCAGAAAUAUCAAAUUAUUCAGAUCCUUUGAACAGUUCUUUUUAUGAAGGCCCACAAGUGGGGCAUUCAGAUAACUCUGAGGUUAAAGAUCCCCUCAACUCUGCCUUCUAUGAUGUUGGUCUGCUGCAUAGUCCUGGAUUUCAGAAACAAAUACAUACAGGAGGUGACAAUGAAAAUAAAAAUCUCAUAACUGUGGAGAUGCUGGCAGACGAUUCUUCUACAUUUGAUGAAGGUUCCCUUGUACCAGCCCCUAAAUUAGUCAAUUAUCAGCCGAUAACUUACUCUGCAAGGCCUAUUCAGGUGAAUAUGUUGCAUCUAAAAGAUAGUAUACUAACAAUUAUUGACCAAGAAAUUAAAAAGAAUGUUAGCACCUUUGGACCAGAAACUAAGUUUAGUGAUAUUUUACAAAAGUUACCUUCUGUUCUUGAAAAGAAAACAGCAGAAGAUGUUUCUCCAGCCAUAGCCUUUGUUGCUCUUCUCACAUUAGCGAAUGAGCAUAGUUUGGAUCUACAAGGUUGUGAAAACCUUUCUGAUAUUGUAGUGAAACAAGAAAAUAACACACAUUUUUAAUGUACGCCUCGAUGAAGCACUUCCUUUGUGCGUGGUUGUAUUAUGGAAAAAAUAGUGUAAUUUUUUAAAUUGUGUAAGCCUUCCUUAGUUAAAACUAAUUAAUCAAAUAUUCUUUGUUUAAAAAUGAGUUAGGAACAAUCAUCUUAGUUAAACUUGGCUAAGGAAUAUCAUACAUUAAUAUGAUUUAAUAAUUGGUACAGCCAUAGAUAUAACUUACACUAUCUUUAAACUAUUGUAAUGUAUUGUUUGUAGUUUAAUUUUUCUAAGCAAAUAAUGGAAAUAGUUUGAAAACGUUUUAUCACAGUUGAGUAGGCAAAGUCAAAUUCAAGUAGUAAGGGUAAAAAUUAUUUUAUAGUGUUAAUGCUAAGUUCUAUUUUUAGAAUGUUUAGUAUUUAAUUGACUUCUGAAUAUAAUUGUUGUUUUGUAAUACUCUGUAAUACAUUUUCCAAUUAAUUGAAUAAAUAAAUGUUAUUUUUUAUAUCAA